GAGUCUAAGGAGAGGCGGCGGCCGCGGCUGCUGAGGCGGAGGCUGAGGCAGUGGCGAUGGCGCCCUUCCCCGAAGAGGCGGACGUGUUCACCGCCCCGCACCGGCGGAUGAGGCAGCUGGUGGGGCUGUACUGCGACAAGCUUUCUAAAACCAACUUUUCCAACAACAAUGAUUUCCGCGCUCUUCUGCAGUCUCUGUAUGCUACUUUUAAGGAGUUCAAAAUGCAUGAGCAGAUUGAAAAUGAAUACAUUAUUGGUUUGCUUCAACAACGCAGCCAGACCAUUUAUAAUGUACAUUCUGACAACAAACUCUCUGAGAUGCUUAGCCUCUUUGAAAAGGGACUGAAGAAUGUUAAGAAUGAAUAUGAGCAGUUGAAUUAUGAGAAACAGCUGAAAGAGAGAUUGGAGGCAUUUACAAGAGAUUUUCUUCCUCAUAUGAAAGAAGAAGAAGAGGUUUUUCAGCCCAUGUUAAUGGAAUAUUUUACCUAUGAAGAGCUUAAGGAUAUUAAAAAGAAAGUGACUGCACAACAUUGCUCUCAAAAGGAUACCACAGAACUCCUUAGAGGUCUUAGCCUGUGGAAUCAAGCUGAAGAGCGACAGAAGUUUUUUAAAUAUUCUGUGGAUGAAAAGUCAGAUAAAGAAGCAGAGGUGUCAGACCGAUCCACAGGUAUAACCCAUCUUCCUCCUGAGGUAAUGCUGUCAAUUUUCAGUUAUCUUAAUCCUCAAGAGUGUCGCUGCAGUCAAGUAAGCACCAAAUGGUCUCAGCUGGCGAAGACUGGAUCGCUUUGGAAGCAUCUUUACCCUGUUCACUGGGCCAGAGGUGACUGGUAUAGUGGCCCUGCAACUGAACUUGAUACUGAACCUGACGAGGAAUGGGUGAAAAGUAGAAAGGAUGAAAGUCGUGCUUUUCAGGAAUGGGACGAAGAUGCCGAUAUAGAUGAAUCUGAGUCUGCAGAGGAAUCGAUUGCUAUCAGCAUUGCACAAACGGAAAAACGUUUACUCCAUGGCUUAAUUCAUAAUGUUCUGCCAUAUGUUGGUACUUCUGUAAACUUUCUAUAUAAACACUGUACCAAGCUUUGCCGAUCUUUCAAACAUGCACUUCUGAAGUUUUAUUUUCAAAGAUAG